CAGUAGUACACUCGCAGCGACAUUCUGUUGAGAAAUUUGCCGGCUCUCGGCCACAGAGACGGGAUAAGUCCCCACUGCUUGAUUAUUCAUGUUUCCAAUGAGCGGCGGUAUUACGGCUAGCAUUCGGUACUCCACAAAAUACCAUCUCCCGCAGCUUUCACGUACGACCAAAUUAGGGGCCCUAGAGAGGAUAUUUACAUUCCCUGAUCGCCAGCAUAGCAUUAUUGACACGGCUCGGCAGGAAGGCCGUAUGAGCUGGCACUCAGACAUGAGUGACAAGUAUAGAAACUCCGUAUUGGACGGCUGCUGUCCUCCGCCACACCCGCUUCCGUGGCGGAGCAUCAGUCAGCCUCCACAUGUUCUAAGAUUCAGGAUCCAGUCGCUAGAAUGUGCGAAGAGUUGCGCUAGGCACAUUCUUUCAGCCAUUGAUCAGGGGAAUUGCGAGCCAACUCCCUUUGCGUGCUCAGCCGUCACACUAAUCGCCUGCAGACUGUGGGCUACUAAUUGCGUGCAACGACGUGCUCGAGCCCCUUUUCUCGAUGAAAUCUCGAUUUGUUCUGUCUGUUAUUACACGAAUGCCUCAUUUGAAAGACAGUCAGUGAAGCAAACAGGGCCCGUCGAAAACACGUCCCCAAACCCAUCUUGAACUGGGCAGGGAUGACUGGUCUAUCGGAUUGUGCAAUCAUGAUUUCCAUCAAUAUUGAAAUAGUCUAUUUUUGCAUGUCACAAUUGCAUUCGGCUUCGGGUAACAGUCUCUUAGUCAUUCUAUGGCCUGAAAAUCGAUCGAUUCAUUCUUGCCACCCCAUGCCAGGACUCCAAGCUAGAAAAUAUGCACAUACUCGUUGUUGACUCUCCAGUGAUUAAGGAUAGCACUCCUACCACAAGAUUUUUUCCGUCUCGCCACGUUCCCUGUCUCGCGCAAGGAUCUGAAAACCGUCGGAUCCAUAUGCUUUUAGAUCGUUUCUCACUGGUUCCUCUAUUCGCAAUGAACACAUAUUCAUUUUCAAGCAAAGGGGAUUUUAACAC